GGCUCCCGCCAUUUUGAUUAAGUUUGUUCGCACAAUAAGUACUCUAUAGAAAAGCAGCAGUACUGUAAAAUAAUAAUCCCAUUUAUCAUGGAAUAACGUUUUUAUUAUUAUAAUUUUUAUCACAUUAGAUAUAUCCUAGAUACAUUAAUUUGGCAUCAUGGAUGGUCCGAAUCGCGGGUUCCGAGGAGGUCGCGGCGGACCUGGGCCUCGCGGUCGUGGUGGUUUCGAUAUGCGUGGAAGGGUUGGAUUAGGUUUACGUGGACGUGGAGGUCCUUUCCGAGGUAUGCCACCUCUACGUGGUGGACCCCGUGGAUUUCGAGGAGGACCGAUGCGUGGCGGCGGCGAUGAUCGUGGAGGUCGCUUUCCUCCAGGCCCUCAAGGCCCCGGUCCUCACCCAGUACCUACUAUUGAGUCACGUGGGCCACCUCAAAGAGGUGGUUUUAACAAUAACAGAGGAGGUCCGGGUGGUAUGAGAGGUCGUGGUGGUAGGGGUCGUGGAGACUUUGGUCCUCGCAAUGACAGAGGUGGUGGACGAGGGGGCAUGCUGAUGAGAGGUCGAGGACCCAGAGGUGGGCAUGGGCCACCAGGCGGUCCAUCUCCUCAUGGGCCACCUGCACCUGUUGGGCCACCAAAUAUUCCACCUCGUCAAGUUCCAGUACCUCAUCAGCCAGCUGGUCCGGGACCACAAGGACCUCCAUUCAAGAGAGGAGGUGGUCCUUUACAUGGGCCUGUAGGUGGACCCCCUAAACGUGCUAGAUUUGAUGGGCCAAGAGGUGGUGGUGGAGGUGGAGGUGGAAGGCCACCUCCAAACAAUGGGUACCAACCACCCGCCCCACAACAUAAUGCACCACCGUCUAAUGGAUAUGGACCUCCUUCGCACACAGGCUAUCAGCCAUAUGAACCACCUGCAGCAGAACCUUAUGCUCCACCUUCUUAUAAUACUUCAAGCUCAUAUCAAAGCAACAACUAUUCAUCACAACCUCCAGCCCAGUCUAACUCGGGCUAUAACUCUGGUGGAUAUGGUGGUUCCUCGAGUUAUGGUUAUUCCACUGGCGGGCAAGGUUAUGAGAACGAGGGUUACAGUAAUAACCAAAGCGGCGCAGGAGAUGCUGGUUAUGGUCCAGCCGAGCCUAACUACGGUGGUCCCACACCAAACUACGACUCAUACUCACAGCCUUCAUACAACACCUACCAGCAACCACAGUACAACAACAACUAUGGCAGUUGGUGAUCUCUAAGAAAAAACUAUGAACAGCUAGCUAUAUGAAACUCUAAAUAUUUGUAGCUGGAUCAAUUAUUCGAAGCAUAUUCAAUGAAUGCAUUAUGUUUUAAUUUAUUAUGUCAUAAUUAGGUAAAAAUUAGGUUAUUUUUUAGACAUAUUGACUAAAUAUAAUGACGAUGUUACAGACAACCCAAGUCACAGAUUUUUAUAUAAUACUAAGCAUUUUAAUAAUUUUUUUUGUGCAAAUACUGUUUCAUUUUCAAGUCACAAUAUAAAUUAUUUUAAUAAUAUAAUAAUACAUAAUGUAUUGAGAGGUGAUUUGUAAGUAAAUGGUACAAGUAGGUACCACCAUAUUUAGAUUUUAAGAACUCCAAUUUCGUAUUGAUAAUAAAAACAAUGGAAGCAAA